AUGCGCACGCGGUUUAGCGCGUACGCCAAGGGAAAAGGACUUUAUGUGGUGAAAACAACGCAUCCGGAUAACCCGCUGCUGAUGGAGGGGGCGAAGACGAAGACGGGGAAGGUGGUGAGCACGCUGGCGCGAGACGUCGAGGCGACGUGUAAAAAGGUUCGGUUUUACGACUUGGACAUCGUGCGCGACGUCAAGGGCAAGGGUAAGGGCGACGCGCGCGAGCAUUUGGUUGGGUUUCGUUACAAGUGUCGGGUCGUCGGGCAACAGGGGUUCAACGAGCUUCCCGAGGAGAAACACGCGGAGCUCUCGACGUUUCGCACGACGAGGGACGACGACGGGAACGAGGUGUGGAAAUUCGUCGACGGAAUCCAAGGAUCGACUUAG